GAGGAGUAGAGACACAUUUGUGGGGCUGUAAUGAACGGAAAGGGCUGCAGGUUUGAGGGAUAACUUUAUCUCCAUGACUGAAACGGACUGAUCUAAGGGACUUUGGAUCUGAGCAUCACCUGGACUUUAUGUUUAUUUACCUGAGCAGCCUUCACUUCCUGAAUACCUGCAUUGUUUGACUAAGCUGUUAUUGUCUAUAGCAGGAUGUACUCUUGUCUCACUAGAAGACAUCACCGGGGACGAAGCUGCUCGCAUUAACUGUAGAAAUGGAUCCUCACAUCCAGCACUGGAUUGUCCUCCACAGCACCACCUACACCUGCUGAGACACAGCACAGAAAGCCACCCUGCCAAGCUUCUGGGAUGGUGUGACGUCCAGCCAGCUGCUGGCUGCCCCACAUCUGGGUGAAGAUGCCUGUGAUGAAGGGCCUCCUGGCCCCGCAGAACACAUUUUUGGACAACAUUGCCACACGCUUUGAUGGCACCCACAGUAAUUUCUUGCUGGGUAAUGCCCAGGGCCACCGUGGCUACCCCAUCGUUUACUGCUCUGAUGGGUUCUGCGAACUGACAGGCUACACCCGUACUGAGGUGAUGCAGAAAAACUGCACCUGCCGCUUCUUGCAUGGUGCUGACACCUGCGAACAUGUGGCCCAGCAGAUAGAGAAGGCUCUGGAAGGACGAGAGGAAUACCAGGCCGAGGUCCACUUUUACAAAAAAAAUGGUGCGGCCUUCUGGUGUCUGUUGGACAUUGUGCCCAUAAAAAAUGAAAAGGGCGAAAUGGUUCUCUUCCUUUUCUCAUUCAAGGACAUCAGUGACACCUAUGGAAAGGGACACCACAGCAGCAGGAGGGAGGAAGACAACGGGUGCAGGAGGAAGAGCAGCUCUCACUUCCGGGUGGCUCGGAAACACGGACGUACCAUGUUGUACCAGCUGACGAGCCGCUUCUCAAGAGGGGGUAAAGAAGACAUCAACCUAAGUGGGACAAUGGUGGACAGGCCCUCUGUACCAGAGUACAAGGUGGCUGCAGUGCAGAAGUCCCGCUUCAUCCUGCUCCACUACAGCGUAUCAAAGGCUCUUUGGGACUGGCUCAUCCUGCUUGCUACCUUCUAUGUAGCUGUCACUGUACCCUACAACGUCAGCUUCUCUCCACAUGAUGACUCCAUCCCUGCUUCUCGCUCCACCAUCGUCUGUGACAUCUUGGUGGAAAUGCUCUUCAUUAUUGACAUCAUACUGAACUUUCGUACCACCUAUGUGAGCCAGUCGGGUCAGGUGGUGUAUGAGGCACGCUCUAUCUGCAUUCACUAUGUCACCACUUGGUUCUUUGUGGACCUUGUUGCUGCCUUGCCCUUUGACCUACUCUAUGCCUUCAACAUCACAGUGACCUCUUUAGUCCACCUGCUGAAGACGGUUCGUCUUCUGCGUCUCCUUCGACUUCUUCAGAAGCUUGACCGAUACUCUCAGUACAGCGCCAUGGUCCUGACCUUGCUGAUGUCUGUGUUUGCCCUGCUGGCGCACUGGAUGGCCUGCAUCUGGUACAUGAUUGGUCGCAAAGAAUUACUAACCAAUGAAACCUGGGAAAUAGGAUGGCUCCAUGAACUGGGCAAACGUCUGGAGACUCCAUACAUCAACAGUACAGUGGGCGGCCCGACGGUCCGAAGCUCCUACAUCGCUGCUCUCUACUUCACCCUCAGCAGCCUAACCAGUGUGGGCUUCGGUAAUGUCUGUGCCAACACCGACGCUGAGAAGAUCUUCUCCAUCUGCACCAUGCUCAUCGGUGCUCUGAUGCACGCUGUUGUCUUUGGUAAUGUGACGGCUAUAAUCCAGCGCAUGUACUCACGCCGUUCUCUCUACCACACCCGAAUGAACGACAUGAAGGACUUCAUUCGUGUUCACCGUCUGCCCCAGCAGCUUAAACAGCGGAUGCUGGAGUACUUCCAGACCACAUGGUCCGUCAACAACGGCAUAGAUGCCAACGAGCUCCUCCAUGACUUCCCAGAUGAGCUCCGGGCCGACAUCGCCAUGCAUUUGAAUAAGGACAUCCUUCAGCUGCCAGUUUUUAAGGGGGCCAGCCGUGGCUGUCUGCGCUCACUCUCCCUUCACAUUAAAACCUCUUUCUGUGUACCUGGGGAGUACCUGAUCCGUCAGGGUGAUGCUCUGCAUGCCAAUUACUUUGUCUGCUCUGGUUCCCUAGAAGUGCUGAAGGACAACAUGGUGCUGGCUAUUUUAGGAAAAGGGGAUUUGAUCGGAUCUGAUCUGCCUGGAACAGACCAGGUGAUAAAGACAGAUGCAGAUGUGAAGGCUCUCACCUACUGUGAUCUCCAGUACAUAAGCAUUCGUGGUUUGAGAGAGGUGCUGGAGCUCUACCCUGAGUAUGGCAGCGUGUUUACCACCGACAUCCACAACAACCUGACCUACAACCUACGUGAAGGCAGCCAGGAUGAGGGCUUAAAUAGAUUCUGCAAGUCACCAAGACUUCCCCAUCAGUCACCAAAGCUCCCUUCUAUUGUGGAGACGAAGACUGAUGACCCCGAUGAUGCCUUCCAGCUCUCUCCAGCAACACGCUCCAGACGCAAUCUCUUGCUACCUAAUUUCACCAGCCCAGUCCGCCGUACCUCUCUGGGAAACCUGUUAGGUGACGAACUGCGGCAGUUCAAUGCCCUGAGACGUUGCCGUUCACCAAACCUCAGUCGAGGAUUUCUUGGACAAAGCUUAUCACCUCAACCACCUUCAAAGAAAGAGCACAGCACCAAUAUAUCCACUCCAUCUCAGUCUUCAACUACAGCCAAGGGAGAGUCGGAGACUGACCAAAAGCCGGCAAAGUUGCUUAUCCCAACAGUCACAUGUUUUCCACCUCCGGACCUUAGUCCCAGGGUUGUAGAUGGCAUCGAAGACAACGGGCACACGUUCCACUUCACCGUGGAGCACAGCAAGCCUAACUCCAGAACAGGUGGCAUCAACCAAGGUAAGACACACCACCCCCAGCUGGGAGGGUGA